CAACGUUAGUGAAUGUAAACACAUCAUCGUGAAAAUCCCCCGGACAAACUACAUUAAAUGUUGAAUAUUAAAUAACCGACAACAGACACUCAAGCUAGCUGCUGAUUGGUAAUAACCGACAACAGACACUCAAGCUAGCUGCUGCUUGGUAAUAACCGACAACAGACACUCAAGCUAGCUGCUGAUUGGUAAUAACCGACAACAGACACUCAAGCUAGCUGCUGAUUGGUAAUAACCGACAACAGACACUCAAGCUAGCUGCUGAUUGGUAAUAACCGACAACAGACACUCAAGCUAGCUGCUGCUUGGUAAUAACCGACAACAGACACUCAAGCUAGCUGCUGAUUGGUAAUAACCGACAACAGACACUCAAGCUAGCUGCUGCUUGGUAAUAACCGACAACAGACACUCAAGCUAGCUGCUGCUUGGUAAUAACCGACAACAGACACUCAAGCUAGCUGCUGAUUGGUAAUAACCGACAACAGACACUCAAGCUAGCUGCUGCUUGGUAAUAACCGACAACAGACACUCAAGCUAGCUGCUGCUUGGUAAUAACCGACAACAGACACUCAAGCUAGCUGCUGCUUGGUAAUAACCGACAACAGACACUCAAGCUAGCUGCUUGGUAAUAACCGACAACAGACACUCAAGCUAGCUGCUGAUUGGUGGAAGACAGAACAACGGCUCUGGAAUCUACGACGUGAUCUCGGAGCGCACGUAAGGGCGACGUGCAGUGACGUCAUCGCGCCCGGCUGUUGCCAUGGACACGGCGUGGACACAACAUAAAAUCCUCCAAAUAUAACUUCCUAAGAGAUGGAGUCAAACAGAGAGGAGACACUAAAGGAGGAGGAGGAGGAGGAGGAGGAGGAGGAGGAAGAGGAGGAGGAGAGAGUCAGCGGAGCAGAGACGACGAAGCAGGAAGACGAGGGGCCGAUUCAUGAUUCAGCUCCUCAUGAGCUUCUUCUCCUGAAGCUGGAAGACUUGCUCCCCGAGUCCCACCGGCUGAACUCCCCCAACGAGACCCGUCUGUUGGCCAUCGCCGGCAGCUUCCAGCGUCAGUAUUCUCACCUGUAUCCCAACCGCAAGCCGCUGCUGCUCUGCCCGCUCAACGAGUGUGGCGUUCAGAAGUUCGUGUCCACCACUCUCCGGGCCGCGCCCUCAGCCCUCCCGGAGCUCUUCACCUGGCGCGGCUGCGCCUCCUUCGUGGCCGACUUCCUGUCUCUGGAGCCGCUGGAGCCGCCGGUGGACCUGCCCAGCUUCCUGCCCUCCUCCAGCUUGGUGCUCCAGAGUCAGAGGGCUUCCUGUCUGGCCUCCAGCACCCUGCUGUGCAGCCUGUUGCUCGGCAACAACUACGACUCGUACUGUGUGAGCGGCUACGCCAUCAGAGAGGUGUGUGUGCUGGACCGCAGCGCGCUGCCCUGCCCCCUGCUGGACGCCCAGGUGCAGAGUGAGGUCGCCGAGCAGGAGCCUCAGGAGAAUAAAUACUUGGUGGAACUUCUGAAGGAGCAGAAGAUUCCUGAGAGUCGAUUCCUGACGCAGCAAGAAGAGAAGAAGAAGCGUCAGGAAGCGGAGAAGCAGACCGAGCAGGAGCAGGAGCGCGAGCAGCGGCCUGCCGACCCCCUGCGAGGCCUGCGGGUGCACUGCUGGGUGCUGGUGCUGUCGGGCAGCCGGGUCCAGGAGAACUUCUUCAUCGACCCGCUGAGCGGGAGCCGCUUCGCCACCGACCACGAGCACUUCCUGGGCGUGGAGAGCGUGUGGAACCACCUCAACUACUACGUCAACAUGCAGGACUGCAGCGCCGGCUGUGCUGACAUGACCUUCGACCUGGAGGAUCUGAACACGUGGGAGCCGGUCCUCUACGGAGCGAUCAGCAAGAAGCAGCUGCUUCUGGACGUGUCGAAGAAAAAGGAGAUCGAGAAGAUGAGCAAGAUGAUCCAGAACCCUGAGGAGGAGGAGAACCAGCGGCGUGUGUUUGAGAUGCCGCGAUCCUGGAUCAGUUCCAUCAGCAUCUCAAAAGAAGACCUGGAGAGACGCUGGCCGGGCCGACAGAAGACGACCCGCUACAGGAAAGCCAAGCUGGAGGAGUUCGCUCCGUACCUGAUGUCAGACGGUCUGGUUCAGAGACUGACCGCAUACCAAGACCUGGACUGCACUGAGGAGGUCACGGUGAAGGAGUGGUAUCAACACAGAGAUGACCACCUGGAGGAGAGGGAGGUCAACAAGGUCGACAGCUUCACCACAGAGCGGUUCACACGUGGACGACGUUUUCACCUUUUACUCCACAGGUUCUCGUCCCAGAGCGGCGAGCGUGAGAUGUUCUUCAGCAGCGCUCACAUGGAGGAUCUGGUGAGGAGGCUGCUGUUGCCGGGCAGAAUGACGGAGACCUUCGAGGGCCGGAAGGACUUCCUGUUCUACCGACACGUCGUCUUCAACCCACAAGUCCAGCUGGCAGGUCCAGACAGGAAGCUGGAGCUCAAGCAGCUGAAGGAAGUGGUGGAGCGUUUCCACAGGAACAGAUCCAAACCGGCCUACGCGGACGUGGCCGAGCGAGUGUUCCUAUUGGCCCAGAGCCGGAUCGAGGUGACCUAUCAUUUAGAAGAUGACCGGUUCAUCGCCGCGAGGAGGAGCUUCGUUGUCCCGACCGCGUCAACGCAAGCGAAGAAGGCCGAGGACUUCACGCACGACAUGGUCCAGAGCUUCCAGGUGGACCCCUCUCAGGAGCCCCUGAAGACCCUGACCCUGAGUAAGAUGCUGGUGGACCUGAUAAAGGACCAGAAGAAGGUGCUUCUCCAAAUCCAAAAGUCUCAUGAAGAGGUGUGGGCCAUCCUGGCCUGCAGAGAGCAGGAGGAGCCAGACGUCGGGCUGCACUUCUCCCCAUGGACGUCCACCGGAGCGGUCAGGGCCCACAACCAGAGAGAGGAUAUGGAGCGCCAGGCUGCUGAGGAGCAGGUGUGGCUGCAGGAGAGGAAGAAGGACUUCCUGGCUCCCCACCUGAUCCGGCUGGACAACCCAGAGACUCUGAGCGCCGCCGACGCCAAGCGGCUUCACCAGGACUGUGUGAAAGAGUGCAAACAGAGGCUGGUGGACAAGGCCGACCUCAUUCAAAAACUCUAUGAAAAGGAGACACAGGAGCUGCAGAUGAAGCAGCAGUGGUACCAGAAGAACCAGGGAGCCCUGAAGGAGCUGCAGCAGGACGAGUACCACAACUACUGCUCUGAGAAGACACUUCAAAUACACAUCGCCAAGAAACGCCUCAGCAUGCACAUGAAAGCAGCUCCUCUGGAGCUCCACAACUUCAGUCUGAGGCUGAGGAACGACCCUCGACUGGCCCCUCACCUGCCUGCUUUUUAAAUACUGAAUGAAGUGCAUGAAUCAUCAUUCAUAAAUCCACACACAAGUG